GACAAUUAUACGAUGGGAGAUACCUUGGUGAUCUAAUGAGAAACAAUACUAAGUUGAGUGUCCAACUCCAAAAUGAUAUAUAAGCCUAAAAAUUACUACACAGUUUGACUUCAAUUAGAACCGCUGACCUCCGGACAGACCACCGGCGGCAAUAGCACCGGAAGCCCGUCCCGCUUUCUAUGAGGACAACCUUCGUCUCCAGAGUUUUCGGCACCUCACCAAGGAAAAAACCGUUCUACCUUCUCAUCAUCUCCGCCACCGGCGCCGCUGCUCUUACUUACCACCAUACUCUAAACCCUCACCUGUUCCCCUCGCACUCUGAUCGACGCUCUCCUCUCUACUACAUCGCUACUUCAUUGAACGGUGCCGUUCGGUCCUCUCGCUCUCUCUAUACUAUUACUGCGAAUGUUGUCGACUACAAGUACUCGUUACAAGGGUUAUCGCCGGAUACAGAUGAAUAUAGAAGAAUUUUAUCUGAGGUUCAUCUACGCUCAGCCAAGAGGAUAUUAAAAUUAUGUGAAAUCAACCAAGGGUUCUACAUCAAAGCUGGUCAAUUUGUAGCAUCCAUGCGACAAGUUCCCAAAGAAUACUCAUCUACUCUUGCAUCAUUGCAGGAUCAGGCAGUUCCAUGUUCUUUUGAAGCUAUAAAAGAAGUACUAAUCAGCAAUCUUGGGUCAGACUUAAAAGAGAUUUUUCUGUCUAUUGAUGAAAAACCUAUUGCUGCUGCAUCCAUAGCUCAAGUGCAUCGUGCAUUAUUGAAAAACCAUCAAGAAGUAGUGCUUAAGGUCCAAUAUCCUGGUUUGAAAAAUCGGAUGAGAAUGGACAUUGCAACCAUGUCUCUACUCUCCAAAUGUGUCACAUGGGCGACUUCAUUUGAUGAUUAUUCAUUGAUGAGGUGGCAACUAAGACGCAAUUUUUUUCCUGAAUAUCGGUUUCAAUGGAUGGUAUCAGAAUUUUCAGAGGUGAUUGCUUUGGAACUUGAUUUCAUUCAGGAGGCAAGAAAUUCAGUCAAAACUGCCAUGAACUUUAAGCAUAGUAGCAGAAUCAGAAUCCCCAAGGUUUUUCAGGAGAUAACCACUAGCCAGGUUUUGACAAUGCAAUAUUGCAAGGGACGAAGGGUAGAUGAUUUGGAAUUUAUUCAGGAAAUGGGAAUUGAUCCAAAAAAGGUUGCAAAAGUGUUGGUGGAAGCAUUUGCUGAAAUGAUAUUUGUCCAUGGUUUUGUGCAUGGAGAUCCACAUCCUGGGAAUAUACUGGUUUCCCCAGAUGAAAAACAAGGCUUUUGUUUAGUUGUUCUUGAUCAUGGGAUCUAUACAAGUCUAGAUGAAGAAUUUAGAGUAAACUAUUGCCAACUUUGGAAAGCACUGAUUCUUUUGGACUCGCAUAAAAUCCAACAAGUAGGCCAACACUUUGGUAUCGGGAAAUACGCUAAAUAUCUUCCCCUCAUUUUCACAGGAAGAACAAUCAACAGCAAAGCUGGUUUUGGGAAAGGAAUGUCGGUUGAAGAAAAAACAAAUCUGAAACAGGAAGUGAAAUCGCUUACAGCUGGCAAUAUAUCAGAAUUUAUGGAAUCUUUACCCUCACAAUUUCUUACAGUAUUGCGUACAGAUGCACUUAUCAGGUCAUUAACUAGCAAGCUUGGUUCUCCUCCACGUGUACGGCUACUAGUGUAUGCCAACUUUGCAUUAGACGGUCUAUCCUCAAAGCCCAAUCUUCAUUCUGAUUUUGUUGUAUGGACCAGAAUCAUGUCAAGAAUUAAUCAUCUUCAACUCAGGCUCUUACUCGGGGUAUUGCGGUUGUUGUAUUGGUUGGGGGAUACAAGACAGGCGCUCAUGUCAUGGUUAAAACAAGUUACGUUCUUAAUGAAUCGACUUAUCAUUUUGGAGUAAAAAGUGUGUAUAUUAAAUAGCAAGCUUUUGGUGUAAACUAAUAUUUGAUUGGUAGUUUAGUCUAAAUUUCUUUUCAUUACGUAUCAUCAUUAUUUGUCUACAAUUUCAUCACAUUUAAACACACCUCGUAUGUUAGAGCUCAUUUGAGAGUUUUUGGUGGAUCCACACAAAAUAGAAACAACUUAGUUGGAUCGUUGCCCAUUAAUUAAUGAUUAAACAAACAAAACAUAAAUUCCAACUUAGUUGGAUCAUCAUUUGGGCAGAUUCGAUUCAGAUGGUUGGUGGCCAACAGAAGGC